AUUGGCCACAUGUGUGGGUGGAGCCGGGCCAUCAUCAGGCUCUGAUUGGCCGGGCAGUGGAGCGCGCGCUUUGGUUCCUCCUGCGGCAAAGAAGUCAUUUCAUGUUUAAGAUUUAAAACUAAAUUCCUGUUAAUUCUAUUAUAAUUCGUGAAUAGGACAAGCAUCUGUGAUGAGUGACACUUUGGAAAAUGGUUUGUUCGAUAUUCCUGACUGUGAUCACUUAGAAGAUGAUGAAAUCUUUCCACCUCUUCCUCCUCCAUCAUCCCCUGGACAAGUGGCAGAUGGUGGAGUUACUGCUGAUGGGGAUGAGGAAAACAGACAAGAAGGAAAUCCAUCCAAAGAGCCUGUAGUUCUCAGGAAAAGUGUGAAAGGACCACGGCUUAAACUGGACGCUCAGCGAUUGACCUCUGAUCGAGGAUUGCCAGCUUUACAGGAUCUGUUCAAUACUGUUCGAUUUAAAGGCAAAGGACAUGAGAGUGAAGAUGUGAAGACUCUCCUUUGGCAAAUGGAGCAUUGGGCUCAUAGGCUGUACCCGAAAUUGCAGUUUGAAGAAUUUAUUGAAAAGGUGGAGGCCUUGGGUAGCAAAAAAGAAGUUCAGACUUGCUUGAAGAAAAUUCGCCUUGAUAUCCCCAUUACACAUGAAGACUUUAUUUCCAAAGAAGUUGUAGAGAAUGAGAAUGACCUCCAAAUUGAAAACUUAGAAACUCCAUUCAGUCUAUUGCCCGACCAAUCAGCUGCAGAAUCUACUCCGAGCUCAAGCAUACUCUCGGAGGAACAGCAGCUUAGGAUCGAAAGGAACAAGCAGCUUGCACUUCAGAGACGACAAGCAAAACUUCAGUUAACAAAACAGACAUCCUCCAAUGAUCUAAAUGAUUCUCCGGCCUUGAGUCAGUCUGUCGAACAAAAUCCAGUUAAGGUGUUGAGAGAUUCUACGGAUAGCUAUGAAGAUCCAGAUGCUGAAGAUUUGAAAAAGGCAACUGAAACUGAAUCCUUUAAGCCAAUUCAGCAACCAGAGUCUCCAACAGAAAUAGAUCUCUCUUUGGAAACCUCAGAACACUUAUCUGAGGUAACCAAAAUAACUGACUGUGCUGUAUCAACACAUGAAUCUGAAACCACAAUUGAAGACAAUUUUUCUACACCCAUUCCAGAAACAACAACUGAUUCACAGAAUCUGUCCAUGGAACAGUUAACUGAAAUAAGAGAUGUCUCUCAAAUAAUACAGGAAUUAGAAACUACAACUUAAGUUGAUUUAAAAUAUUGGGAUGUCAGGCCAGUGAUUAUUUGAGGCAAAAGUAAAGAAUUUGACAAGGUUUGAUAAUGUGGCAGAAAAUAAUCAUUCCAUACCUUCAGCAGUGUAACUGAUGUUUGCCAUAAGUUUGUGCGAAAUAUUUGUGUCUAUCUAUGUCAUUAGUGUGGAUCUGAUAUAGACGUCCUUCACAUUUAAUGCCAUAGAUUUGCUAUUUAAGGGCUAGUUGUGUAUUGGUUGAUACUGAUAAAGAAUGAAUCACACUAAAGCUAGAAGAUCAUUUUAAAUACUAUUCAACCUUUGCAGUUGUUGUGUAAGUCAAAAUACACAGUCCAGUUUUGGAGAAAAAUAUUCUUUUUGUUCUCUUGUGUAAGCUUUCAAAAGAAUUGAAGUGUUUGUUAAGGCCUAGUAGAGCAAUUUAGUUCUGUCUUUGUACUUUUUUGGAGAAAAUAAACUGUUACAAGCUGGA